AUGCCAAAGAAACGCAGAAAUGGAGGAAGAUCAAAACACAAUCGAGGCCACGUAAACCCCUUGAGAUGUUCUAACUGUGGAAGGUGUGUUCCAAAGGAUAAGGCAAUAAAAAGAUUCAAUAUAAGAAAUAUUGUUGACACGUCAGCACAAAGAGAUAUAAAGGAGGCCUCAGUUUAUUCAACAUUUCAACUGCCGAAAUUGUACAUCAAACAGUGUUACUGUGUCUCAUGUGCUAUUCACUCUCGUUUUGUGAGAGUAAGAUCAAGAGAACAAAGAAGAGUAAGAAAGGAAACAUCCAAGCAUGUUAACCCGUCGCAGUUAUAG